AUGAAAGAAGUGAAGCUAUUAGGAGCUUGGCCAAGCACCUUUUGUUAUAGAAUUAUAUGGGCUCUAAAGCUAAAGGGCAUUGAAUAUGAGUAUGUAGAAGAGGAUCUGUUCAACAAGAGUGAUCUUCUCUUACGGCAUAACCCAGUUCACAGGAAGAUCCCGGUGCUCAUUCAUGGCGGAAAACCAAUUGCAGAGUCCACUGUUAUUCUUGAGUACAUUGAAGAGGUUUGGCCACAGAAUCCUCUUCUCCCUAGUGAUCCUUAUGAGAGGGCUACGGCUAGGUUUUGGACAAAGUUUGGAGAGGACGAGAACCCCACUUUUUUUGCAUUCUUUCAAGCAGUUGGAGAAGAACAAGAAGAGGCAACAAAAGAAGCCAAGGAGAUGUUGAAAACAAUAGAAGAACGAGGGCUGGGAGAGAAGAAAUUCUUUGGGGGUGACAAAGUUGGAAUGACAGACUUGACAUUUGGAUGGAUUGCAGGCUGGCUUGAGUACAUGGAAGAAGCAGUUGGUGUGAAGCUGUUAGAGCCUAAUAGAUUUCCUCUCUUAGAGGCGUGGAUCAAGAAUUUUAGAGAUGUCCCAGUUAUCAAGGAGAAUCUUCCUGAUGGUGAUAAGUUAUUGGUCUAUUUUAAAGGCCUAAGAGAGAAGUUUAUUGCUCAAGCAACAGUGUGAAGAAAUAACUCCUUUGACUUUG